UCUAAAGAGCUGGCAGCUGCAGGAGCCACCAAGCUCUCAGGCCAGCUGUGGUAUCUUUGCUGAGAUCGAAGAAGCUUGCCUGGAUAGUAAGAAGGACAGAAAAUAAAGGCAAAGAGGAUGGAGGGCCCGGGCCAUUGACAGUGGCCAGGGAACAGGAGCCCAUCUUUCCUGAGGGACGGGCUGAGGGCUUGGCUACUCCCCUGCCCAUAAAUGGCUUGGCCAAGGCUCUCUUGGAGCCACCUCGCCCUGCCUCCCCAGCUCUCCCAGCUGGAUGUUCCUACAAAUGGGAGACCCAAGCCAAUAACCCCAGUGAGAAGGGAGCUUGCCUAGGGCAGGGUUUGGAGAAGGUUCUUGAGAGACCGUCGGCAAUGAGCUUUUCACUCAACUUCACGCUGCCGGCUAACGCAAGGAAGAAAAGAGACCCUGGAGCCUGUGAGUGGAGGAAAGACCGGUCCACUGAGAACAGACCCGUGCUCUCAGUCCCACCCGGGACCACCUGACGUGUUGCUCAGUCAAAUUCCACUCCAGUUCUUACCUGGGAAGCAGUCAAGGGAGGUUACUGGGGAGUGGUGGUUGCUCACAGCGUAGAGGAGGGGUGAACCCUAGCACUGUAGCCUAACCGCCUUCAGGCUGUCCUGCUCGGGGUGCGUUCUAUCGAUCUCUGUCUUCUGACGAUGUUUUCUGGUUUCACACAGACUUCCUCUCCGGUUGUUACAAGUGGGAAAGAAGCAGACUGUGGGCCCUCUCUAGGGUUAGCGGCAAGCAUCCCAUCCCUGGUGGCUGCAGCUCUGCUGGUGGCCUUGCUACUUACUUUGAUUCACCAGAGAAGAAGAAGAAGCAGCCAUGAGUCCGCUGAGGAAAGUGAGAGACCAUGUGAAAUUACAGAAAUCUACGACAAUCCCAAGAUAGCUGAGAAUCCUAGGAGGUCACCCACAGAUGAGAAUACAAUAGGAGCACAGGAAGCUCACAUAUACGUGAAGACUGUAGUGGGAAGCGAGGAACCCCUGCCUGACACUUACCGUCCUCCUGAAGAGAGAGAGAGGAGGAGGGGACUGUGGUGGCUUAUUCCCAGACUCCCAGACUGAGUCUCGAAUGAUGUGGCUUCAUCAAGGAGCAGACGGGAGCAGAACAGGGCUGAAACCCAGGGAUCUGUGCUUGGAGAAGAGAUGUGUCAAGCUGCUUCUUAACCAAUUCAAAUUUUAUUUAUAGGUCUGGAACACUUUGGGGUACAUUUGUCUCUUUAGGGGAUGGUUCCAAAAAGGUUCAUUCCAACUCUCAGACCUGGUGGUUUAAUAAGCAGUGGAGCACCAGGUGAAUUUGCCAUACAUCAGAUAGAGCCCCGUACGUCCCAAUCAUGACCCCAGUGGGAACUUGCUUUACUUUGUGAUCUUGGGAAAAGGGCCUGGUUUCUGAGUGUCUUGCUGCCUUCUCAUCUUUUUCUCAGAUCCCUUUUCUUAAAAAAAAAAAAAAAAAAAAAAAAAAAAAAAAAAAAAAGGAAAGAAAA